AUGGCAGAGGCAAUCUUCAAUGAAGCUGAGAAUGCACAAGUGGUAGAAGACAAAAGGAAACCCGCACAGAAGGAUCCUCUUACUAUCAUAGUGAUCGGUAGAACUGGAGUUGGUAAAUCAGCACUUGUCAACUCACUACUGGGAGACACCAUAGACAGACUAGCUUUAGUGACAGAUGGGAAAGAAGCUAUAGAGAUGGCUUGGUCAUUUCUCACUGAUACUCUUAAUCUCUCAAAGGACAGGCUCUAUGUAACAUACUUUGGAGGAGAUGAGAAGUUGAACUUGCCACCUGAUGAUGAAUGCAGAGGAAUAUGGAUAAACUUGGGAUUGUCUCCAGAGCGUGUCCUUCCAUUCAGUGUGAAUGAUAAUUUCUGGGAGAUGGGGGACACUGGUCCCUGUGGCCCCUGCACUGAGAUACACUAUGAUCGAAUUGGUGGAAGAUUUGCCCCUAACCUUGUGAACAUGGAUGACCCCGAUGUACUGGAACUUUGGAAUAUAGUCAUCAUGCAGUUUAACAGGGAGGCUGAUGGUAGUAUAAAACGGCUUCCAAGGAACUACAUAGACACUGGACUAGGCUUGGAAAGGAUCGUUUCUGUUGUUCAAAAUAAAUUUUCUAAUUACGAUACUGACCUUUUCCUUCCAAUCUUUGAUGCUAUCCAACAAGCAAGUGCAUACACAAGCACACAAAGUGAAAGUGAUUGUUAUUAUUAAUUUUACUCUUCACACAAUGCAGCAUAUGCCACAGCUUCAUCAUACAUGUAUUUGCAUUUAUGUGUUCUAAAAUUUACUGGCACCCUAUGAAAAUUGAUUUUUAAUAACCAACUUGCUUGUGCUGAUAUUUGGCAGGUUUGUGAUAGUUAAAAUGACUUUUACAAAACUAAUUA